AUCUAGCUCGCAAACGAACACACAUCCUCUUUAGCUUCAUUUUCAGCGUCUUGCAAAAUCGGUCUGCGGCCUACGAUUGAGGAAACAAUUUUGUACAACCGGAAUUAUUUUGUAAAUUUAAAGUCAAAUUGUGUUUUGCAUUGCAAAAAAUUUUUUGAUUCAAAAAAAAUGCCCAGAGCAACAAAAGGAAAAGCAAAAAAGGACACAACAUCCGAGGCAACUAAGACGCUAAGUAACGCUGAAGAGUUGUUUGAUGCCUUGACUAAAGAAGACAGAAAAGACAAAAUUGAUGCUACUAACAAUACAAAUGACGUUGCCACCAUCAACAACAAUGAGGAGGACAAUGAUGAUGUAGAACCAGCAAUUGCAACCAAAGCCAGCAAUGGCAAAACAGUAGGCCGUGGCAAGAAAGCGGAAAAGGUAAAAGUUGAAAAGGAGGAAAAGCCGGCUAAAAAGGCUACAGCUUCUAGGGGCAGAGGUGGGAAGAAAGCGGCAGCUGAAGACGAUGUUGAGGUUACGGGCAAAGAGACCGAUAACGUUGUCGAAAAAGCCAGCAAUGGUGAUGUGGAGUUGGACACAGAAUCAGAACCUAAGGAAGAAGCUGUGACGACAAAUAAAGCUAAAGGUGGUAGAGGAGGUAAGCGUGGUGCCAAAGCGUCAGCACCAGCAGUUGUUGAAAAUGGCGAUCAAGCCUCAAACGGUGUAUCUGAUAUCAAGGAUACAGAAAAGGAGGAGAAAGUUGUGGCCAAAGCAAAGGGUCGAGGUGGUAAGAAAACUGCCAAGGCUAGUAAAGACGAAGCUGUAGAAGAGGUGGUGGCUGCAGUUGCUGAAGAACCGGCUACAAAAGUUAGCAAGGCUAAAGCGGGUGGUCGCAAAAAGAAGGUUGAAGAAAAGACAGAACCCGAGCCAGUUCCAGUGAAAGAGGAGCAAGCUGAUGAGCCAGAGCCACCCAAGAAGAAAGGAAGAGCAGCAGCAUCUAAAAAGUCCGCUGCAAAAGAGCCAGUUGUGGUGGAAAACAGUUCUGAGGCAUCAGAAAUUGUACUGCCUGCCAAGAAAGCCACCAAGCGGGGUGCCAAAGACAGUGGCGCCAAGGAAAAGGAAGAAGUGGAAAAAGUUCCUCCCAAGAAGGCAAGAGGUUCGGGUAAAGCAACAAAAAAUAGCAAGACUGAAGAAGCUGCCGCUGAAACACCUCAAGAAAAUGGAGAAGCGCCGGUGGAAGCUGCUAUUCCUAAAAAGCGUGGUCGUAAAGAGCCUAGCGUAGAAAAAGAAAUAAAGACUGAAGCCGAAAAACCCAAAAAGGGCAGAGGUGGCAAAAGAAAGGCAGCCGAUAAGGCAGUGGAAGAGGAGGAAGAGCCUGUUGUCGAGACAAAACAAGUGAAAGAGGAAGCCACAGCAGAGGUGACAGAAGAAACAACCACAACUACUACAGAGAAACCCACAACUAGCCGAGGUGGUGGUGGUGGACGUAAACGUGCCGCACCGUCUACUAACAAAACAAAAAAGACAGCUGCCGAUGCAAACAAAGCUGAGACAAAUGACAAAAAUGUUGAUGAAGACAAGGCCACGGUGGCCAGUAAUCACAAAGAUGUUGGUGACGAUGAGGAUGAAGACGAAGCAGAUGGGUCGAAACGUAAGUUAGAUAUGACGUGCGGCACGCAACUGAAAAAGCUCUUAUUUUCCUGUUUUACAGCCACAAAAGCAAAAAAGAAAAAGGAUUCACCUCCACUUAACUCGACCAGCACAACUUAUAAUAAGGCCGACUUUGAUUUGCCACCAUUGCCGGAAGGACAAACGGCUGGCGAUGAGCCACGUUUUAAUUUGAAAAUAUCCAGCUGGAAUGUUGCCGGCCUAAGGUCGUGGCUAAAGAAGGAGGGUCUUAAAUUCCUGGAAUACGAAGAACCAGAUAUAUUUUGUUUGCAAGAGACCAAAUGCACCACAGAUCAAUUGCCCGAAGAGGUGCAACGUAUACCGGGCUAUCAUCCCUAUUGGCUGUGUAUGCCGGGUGGUUAUGCUGGUGUGGCCAUUUACUCCAAAAUUAUGCCCAUCAAUGUGGAGUAUGGUAUUGGCAACAAGGAAUUUGAUGAUGCUGGACGUAUUAUCACGGCGGAAUAUGAAAAAUUCUUUUUGAUCAAUGUCUAUGUACCCAAUUCGGGUAGGAAACUGGUGAAUUUGGAUGCCCGCAUGAAAUGGGAGAAACUUUUCCAGGAAUUUGUGGAAAAACUCAAUGCCCGCAAGCCAUUGGUAAUAUGUGGUGAUAUGAAUGUAUCGCAUCAGGAAAUCGAUUUGGCCAAUCCCAAAACCAAUACCCGCAAUGCUGGUUUCACAAAAGAGGAAAGAGAUAAAAUGUCUGAAUUGCUGGCGUUGGGCUACAUCGACACUUUCCGCCAUUUGUAUCCCGAUCGCAAAGGAGCCUACACAUUCUGGACGUAUAUGGGUAAUGCUCGUUCGCGCAACGUCGGUUGGCGUUUGGAUUACUUCCUUGUGUCGGAACGUUUUGUCAAAAAAGUCGUGGACAAUUGUAUACGUAGCCAGUGCAUGGGUAGUGAUCACUGCCCAAUAACAUUAUUCUUGAAAUUGUAAUAAAAAGAGAAUAUAGAUUUUUUUUGGGAUAAAAAGCCUAUCUGAAAAAUUAUAAAUAAUGCCGAAUUUUUUACAUUCGAAGGAAAGUCAUGAGUCAUUUUUAAAAUCAACUCCUCGAGUAGAGUAACAAAUGUUUUAAUCACGAAUAUCACAAAAAAUGAAAAAGAAAAAAAAAAUAUUGGUAGAUUUUAAGCAAAGUUAUGUCGUAUAUUAACUUGUCUUUCUUUUUUUUAACUAAUUCUUUCGCAGUAUUUUUGUUUUUGUUUUCCAAUUGCGUUUCACUCUUUGUUUUUUAAUUGUAUUUAAUGCCGUAGUUUUUUGUUUAUCAGACAUCUUGGUUCGUUUCGCAAGAUGUUCGUAUCUUUCGGAAUUCCAGUUACAUGUGACUCAUAUCCCUGUGAGUCCUUGAUACAACCAUUUGUUCUAUUCUAAUUUCAAAGUAUUGUAUUACGAAUUUUUGAUUGAUUUACUGUUUCCAAUCUUUCUUAGUUUCCCGUACAACUGAUUUUAUAUUAUAAUAAAGAAGAUAUAACAUAAUAAAAUGUUUGUCUGAUUAUAAAGUCA